AUGGGCGCUGAGGGGAUGAAGGACAGUGAUGGAUACAGGGAGGUCCGAAGAUCAUCUGGGCACAGCAAUGAGCCCGCCAUCCAGGUCAUCUGCCUAGGUGCCGGCGGUGGUCCGGCCGAAGACAAUGUGACCGGUUUCCUCGUGCGUUCGACGGCCAGCAAAUGGUCUAAGAACUCAGUCCUUGCGGUCGAUGCUGGCUCCCACCUCGCGGCGAUCACGAGAAUCCUGGAGCAGCACUUUCCCCUGGUCUCAGAGCCACGACCUCAGUCGCUCCCAAAAGUGGAUAGUAUACAUGGUGGCGUUCGGAUUCACGACGACGCUACGUCGCCGACGAUCGAGCACGCACCCUUGUCUGAUGACGGCUCUGGGGUCGAAACACCGUUGUCGGACGAUGACAUGCCGCUGAUGAUAACUACAUUGCUUGACGGUGUCUUUGCUGGGCUGCCGUUCCCGAACGCGAGCGCAAGAGCCAAUGCGUUGCACGUAGUCAGGGAACACGUAUCGACAUAUCUCAUCACACAUCCACAUCUGGACCAUUUGUCUGGCUUUGUUGUCAACACCGCGGCGUUCCGCAAUACUUCACGUCCGAAGAGAUUAGCGGCGUUGCCGUUUACAGUCCACGCCAUCAAGACGCACAUCUUCAACAAUGUCAUCUGGCCUAAUCUCACCGACGAAGACGGCGGAGUCGGUCUGGUGUCAUUCCAGCGACUUGCGGACGGCGGUAACAUUGCCUUGGGCCAGGGCAAAAGCAGAGGGUACAUCGAGGUUUGUGAUGGACUAGGCGUCAAAGGCUUCACAGUUAGUCAUGGGCACUGCAUGCAAGGCCCAGGGCACGUUCACCGCGGAUCGAACGCAGAAUUACAGGAAACGGCAGGGCUACAAAACCUUCCCGCGGCUCUACAUCAGGGCGAGACCCGAGAAGGACGCUCGCACAGCUUCUCGAUGCCCGUUCCGCACAGCCAGCCAGGAACACCCGGGCUCGGCCCGUUCAGCACCGAUCAGCGUCGACGAUCCAGCCAUGUCGCUGAAAACAGCAUACCCGCCAACCACUGCGUAGUCGAAUCAUCCGCAUUCUUCAUCCGCGCCGAAUCCACAAUGACCACGCCUACAAAAGAAAUCCUCAUCUUCGGCGACGUCGAGCCAGACUCCCUCUCCCUCUCGCCGCGCAUAGCAUACAUCUGGGCCGAAGCCGCGCCCAAGAUCGCCGCCGGCAUUCUUAAAGGCAUAUUUAUCGAAUGCAGCUACACAGAUUCGCAAGCCGACGCCGUGCUCUUCGGCCACCUCGCGCCACGGCAUCUGCUCGCCGAACUGUCCAGCCUUGCAGAAAUUGUCAAGGACGCGCGCAAAGAGCACGAGCAAGCCCGCGAGGCGGCGCGCCAGGGCCGCAAACGCAAGCGCAUUAGUCGCGACCUUCUCGACGGGCCGGCCAAGAGUCGAACAUGGCACAGCGGUAUCGGCAAGGACGUCGACACGCCGCUGUUCUCGGCACGCGGACACUCGCAUGCUGACGAUGAUAUGACCGACUUCAGCAACACUCCGACAGGGACACACACGCCCAAUCCGCACCACGCCCACACUCACACCCCAGGUGCGCAAAACAAUCCCCACGCCUCCCAUCCCUCAGCCUCCGCAGCGUCGAACCUGAACAGCGUGAGCGCUGAGCACAAUCGCGCGCUCCUGACCGCGGCGUUUGAGAGCCCGCUGAAAGGGUUGGAGGUCGUCGUUAUUCACGUCAAGGAUACGUGUGAAGACGGGCCGUCGGUCGGCGACACGAUACUGGCGCAACUUCAGGAGGGCGAGGCGAAGCUAAAGGGGGAGGGGAGGGGCCUGGGGUGUAGUUUCGAGGUGAGUAGGAGUGGAGAUGCAUAUUGGUUCUGA